UUCCCGACGUGAAGCUAUCUACUCCCAGCUUAAUGCCGUUGCCAGGCUGCCCUCACCCAGUAUGGCUACUCUGCUCAUGCCUCGUUAUGGUCUCGAAGCCGACACUAACCGACCAGGUUCCGGGAGGCGCUGUGCAGGAUGCAGCCACCCCCGCCCGGCCCUCCCCUCCCCCACGCCCGCGGCGGCGGCGGCGGCGGCGGAGGCGGUGGCGGCUGGAGCCCGGAUGCGGCGCGGUGAGACAGGCCCGGGAGAGCAGCGCGGAUGGAUCCAACAUGGCGGCGCCGAACCUGAGCCGAGAGAAGAGCCCUGGGAGAUUAAGUUUCUUGCAAAGAUGUUAUUCCUGUCAGGAACUAGACUGCCAUUUCCAUUUCAAGAUAAUUCUUCUACCCAUUCUUUGCUUUGAUCGCUGGUGAUUGUAGCUGCUGAGCAGAGAUUCUGGAAAGCACUCCAUUUCUGAGCCUCUAGCAUGGCGGGCCUAAAGAGGCGGGCAAGCCAGGUGUGGCCCGAAGAGCGUGUUGAGCAGGAACAUGGGCUCUACAGCCUCCACCGCAUGUUUGACAUCGUGGGCACCCACCUGACACACAGAGAUGUUCGCGUGCUUUCCUUCCUUUUUGUUGAUGUUAUUGAUGACCAUGAACGAGGACUUAUCCGAAAUGGACGUGACUUCUUGUUGGCACUGGAGCGCCAGGGCCGCUGUGACGAGAGUAACUUUCGCCAGGUGCUGCAGCUGCUGCGUAUCAUCACUCGCCAUGACUUGCUGCCCUACGUUACUCUCAAGAAGAGACGGGCUGUGUGCCCUGAUCUUGUAGACAAGUAUCUGGAGGAAACAUCAAUUCGCUAUGUGACCCCCAGAGCCCUCAGCGAUCCAGAACCGAGGCCUCCCCAGCCCUCUAAAACAGUGCCUCCCCACUAUCCUGUGGUGUGCUGCCCCACUUCGGGUUCUCAAAUGUGUAGUAAGCGGCCAGCCCGAGGGAGAACCACACUUGGGAGUCAGAGAAAACGCCGGAAGUCAGUGACUCCAGACCCGAAGGAAAAGCAGACAUGUGACAUCAGGCUGCGGGUCCGGGCGGAGUACUGCCAGCACGACACUGCGCUGCAAGGCAACGUCUUCUCUAACAAGCAGGACCCACUGGAGCGCCAGUUUGAGCGCUUUAACCAGGCCAACACCAUCCUCAAGUCCCGGGACCUGGGCUCCAUCAUCUGUGACAUCAAGUUCUCUGAGCUCACCUACCUCGACGCAUUCUGGCGAGACUACAUUAAUGGCUCAUUAUUAGAGGCACUGAAAGGCGUUUUCAUCACAGACUCUCUCAAGCAAGCUGUGGGCCAUGAAGCCAUCAAGCUGCUGGUGAACGUGGAUGAGGAGGACUAUGAGCUGGGCCGACAGAAACUCCUGAGGAACUUGAUGCUGCAAGCAUUACCCUGACCUUUCCCCGCCUCACCUUUCUGGGGACUGUUCGCUCCGUCACCUCUGGAGCCGACAUACUGUUCUGGGGUUUGUUCUCUACCCUUUCCAACCAAUCACACCGCCUUUUUUUUUUUUUUUUUUUUUUUUUUUUUUUAAAGGAAAAGACAAAGGAAGGUGGAAGUGGUGUCCCUGCCCUCCCUGCACCCAUGUGCCUGGGCUUCCCCGUUUCCUGUUGCCACUUACCCUAAUGUGUGUCUACAGCCACCUUACCACUGAGCCGUAAGACAAGUGAAUAGGGACAGAGUCUCUGGAACAUAGCCUUUGUAAGGGAUUGAACACUGCUUUCAGGUGCAUUGAGGGGUAAUCAAUACUUAUGGCUUUAUGAGGGCUCAUAAAUUUUGUCUGAAAAACCAAAGGGCUGUGAGUAAAGGAGCUAAGUGGAAGGUGGGACUCUGAAGUGUAUUUUGGAAAUUAAUUACCACCUUCUUCCAAAUUAUAGAAUUUUUUAAAAACAAAGAAGCUGUGGCCCUUUGCACUGUCUCCUGGCCUCGGGUGCUGCUCCUCUCCGCCUUCCUUCAUUCCAUAGCUUGAGACUGCUGCCUGGUGUGGACCCCUCCUUCCUCUGUCAGAUCUUCAGCAGACUUAUGGAGGGCUGUGCCAGCCUACUUCCCCUCCCAACCGUGAUGUGUAGGUGAACACCACUACAUGGGACGGGCGGAGUAGAGGCUGCUAGUUAGAGUACACUUUCUCUGAAAAGGAGGGGGCGGGGUGUGACAUUUCCCUUCCCUUUUCCAGUGAAAAUAACAAACUCUUACCCCACCCCAGGGCCCUGUCCCUUUGCUUCCUUCUGGCUUGAGAGAAAGUGGGGUAUUUAGCAUCAACUCCUCCUCCUGUUCCUUUAUCCUCCCUUCUCCCACACUUGGGAGAAGAGAGCUGGUCCAUGCACUGAGCAUUGCACUUUGUUAGGUAGGGAGGCACGUUUGAGCCAGGAGGCUAAGAAGCCUAGUCGAGCAGGUAUAGUUCCACCUCCCCUCCCAGCCCCAAAAGAGAUGUCCAGACAUUAUGAUUGAUUAUUAUAUAUUUUUUUCAAUGCCAGUGCUGCUCAGCCCUCAGCGCAACUUCAGUUUUCAUGAAAUAAACAGUGACUAUAUAAAA